AUGGUCUCCUUUGAUGUGACUUUCUUAUUCAUAUCCAUGCACUCAAAUCUGGCGCAAGACGUCUUGCGCAACAGACUUGAAGAGGCAUACGUUGAGGCUCCAUGCCCACUUAACAUUAAACACUGUAUGAGGUUAUUCGAAUUCUGCCAUAAAACGUACUUUAUCUUUGCUGGAGAAGCGUACGAACAGAUCAAAGGAACUGCCAUGGGCUCCACGAUUUCCGAUUUAGUGUCAGAACUGGUUCUUCAGGAGCUAGCAAAUAUCGUCUUCGCCCAACAUGCUUCUGUCUUCUGGCGCCGCUAA